AGGAAUCCAAUAUUAAUUUGUUAAAAUCAAGAAUAUUGUUGGGAAGUAUAACUGCAUAGAUUAUAGUUUUCCAAAACACCAAGGGCAAUAAUUAAUUGAUUUUACCCAAUUUAUUCACACAUCAUACCAAAAAAGAAAAGAAAAAAAACUCUUCUUAUCUAUAUAUAUUUGUGAUUUCUAGGUUUUUAAGAAGAGAACUUGAAGAAAGAGAUCACUUUUGUUCCAAAAAAGAAAACCCUCAAAUUUUUCUUUGUUUUUUGUAUUUUUUCUUCUUUUUGUUGUUGUAAGUUUGUCAUGGAAAAUCAUGGUGAUGACCCUAAUAGUCCAAAUCAAGGCUGUGAGAGGGCGGAGCCGGUGAGAUCACGGUGGACUCCCAAGCCGGAGCAGAUUCUAAUUUUGGAGUCCAUUUUCAAUAGUGGAAUGGUCAAUCCUCCUAAAGAUGAGACUGUUAGAAUAAGAAAGCUUCUUGAAAAAUUUGGCUCUGUUGGGGAUGCUAAUGUUUUUUACUGGUUUCAAAACCGUCGCUCUCGCUCUCGCCGUCGCCAACGUCAGCUACAAGCUGCCGCUACUCACCAAGGUAGCACCGGUGCAAUUCACUACGAUUGUGGUAACGUCAGCAGUGGCGGUUACAACGGUGGUAGUGGUGGUAUUAUGAAUUUUGCUGGAGUUUCCUCUUCUUAUCUCGGAGGAGGGUCCUCAUCUUCGUCCUCCUCCGCUUCUGGGGUUGGCGGAGAUUGUAGCGGUGGCAGUGGCGGCAGCAGUGGUUUUUCGAUGUCAGGUCAUAUGGGUUUCUCAGAAGUUGAUCAACAAAUGGUUGUGACAAGUACUCCAUCGUUUUGCCCUUCGGAAACCUCAAAUUUAGAGUUUCAAUCAGGUUAUAUUAUAAUAUUCAUAAAUGGAGUUCCAACAGAAGUACCAAAAGGAGCAGUGGAUAUGAAAGCAAUGUUUGGGGAAGAGACAGUGUUAGUUCAUUCAUCAGGACUCCCAGUUCUUACCAAUGAAUUUGGAAUCUCUCUCCAUACUUUACAGCAUGGUGAAAGCUACUUUCUGGUUUCAAGACCAACAUGAGUUAGGGAAACAAAAGCAGUUGCCACCAGCAAGAAACAGCAGCGCCUACCAACAACAAAAUUUUAAAAACAGAUCUCUCAGUUCUUUUCUUUUUUCCUUUUUCCAAAUAAUUUCACCUUUUUAUUUUAUUUUAUUUUAUUUUUUGGUGUUUAUGUUUCAUUUGGGGUUUGGUUACUUUUUAAUGUGUUCUCUCUGGGAAAUUGGAUCUAGCAGGAAAAACAAAACAAAAAGAAGAAGAAGAAGAAGAAAAAAAAAACUUUAUCAUAAAGUUUAUAGCAUACGCAUUUAUGGAUAUUUGUAUACAUAAAUAUGUGUCUCUUCUUUUUCUUUAAUUUCUCUCUUUUGUUUUGGCAAUUUAUGUGUAUAUUAUGGGAGACAAAUAGUAUCUCUUUUUGCUUCUUUCAAAACCCUAAAAUGGAAGUCUUAGCUUUUUAUCCAACUCAUGAAAGAAAUGGAACACUUUUUUGAAU